AUGGCACAACACAAGAUUAUCUACUUCUCAGGGGAGAUACCCCAGGGAGAUCCAGAGGGUGACCAGCGAGACUUGUUCAACAGGUUACGCCUUCUCAGCAAGGAACGGGACUACCCCGUCUUGUACUCGUUUCUAGAUGCUGUUACAACCUCGUUGAAGGAGGAGUGCAAAAAACUGACAAAAUCCCAGAGAGAGUUGAUGCCAUGCUUCGAGAGCGUCUUGGACCUCACCGAUCAUGUUAUCCAGCUCAGGAGAACGUCCCUCGGGCCGGCCAUUGAACGAGUCUUGGUCUUGGUGUUUCAAUUAGGUGGUUUUAUUUCAUAUCAUGAAGCUUCUCCCCUGGAAUACAACUUCACAGGCACCAAUACAAGCUUCAUUGCAACAGGAUCAGGGCUGGUUUCCGCAGCAGCCAUUAGCCUUUCACCUAGCAUAUCCAUGAUUCCUCGUAUUGCCCGGGGCAUGACGCGGGUUGCAUUCCGGUUUGGACUAGUUGUUGACCAGGUGUGCCGGUCAUUAGAGGUUUCACCAGAUGAGAUCAACGCAGAAGGGGCAUGGGUGCAUUGUGUGCAUGGCGUUGACGAAGACGAUGCCCUAAAUGCCGUUGAUAGUUUCAACAUGAAAAAGGGAUAUUCAGAGACGAGUAAGGCGACUGUGUUUAGCGUUGAUGACAAGUCUGUCAGUAUCUGUGGUCCACCGGCCACUCUGCGAGCUCUCUUUACAGAAAGCGACUUCUUCCAUCGAUCAAAGAGUAUACCGAUGAAGAAGGUGCAAGGGAUGUGGCAUACGGCUCGGUUAUACGGCAAAGAGCACGUCCGUCAAAUCGUUCCAAAGAUGGAUCACCAGGAUUCACAUAUCCCCUUAUUCUCCCCCGUGACUGGACAGACGUAUGAGCAUACGGAUGCCACAAUGCUACUUGAAGCUAUUAUAGAAGAGAUACUCACACAACAGAUCCACUGGGAUCGGGUUACUGAUAGUAUCACGAAACGAUUGAAGCAACUCUCUUCCCCAAGCGUACAAUUCAUCGCCAUACAACCGUCACGUUACGCUGAGAAACUACUACAGCAGUGGCGAGUCGACCUCCCCGGCACAACACUAUCAAACAUUAAUAUAAUACCCGCAGUCAUGGAUAUCCCGUUGGGUAAAACUCCUCCACGAGACGCCAAGUCGUCCAAAAUCGCCGUCGUCGGAAUGGCAUGUCGCUUCCCCGGAGGAGCUAACGACACAGAAACAUUCUGGAAAAUACUGAAACAAGGCCAAGAUGUUCAUACUUCUGUGCCUGCGGAUCGUUUCAACGUUGAAACCCACGUCGACCCAACGGGCAAGAAGCGGAAUACCUCCAAGACGCCCUACGGCUGCUUCGUAGAGAAUCCCGGACUAUUCGACGCCUUCUUUUUCGGCAUGUCUCCACGAGAGGCCGAGCAAACUGAUUCCAUGCAUCGUCUAGCCCUAGUUACUGCGUACGAGGCUCUCGAGAGCGCAGGCUACGUUCACGGGCGAGGAGGCAUUCAUACCCAACGGGUAGGCACCUUCUAUGGACAAGCAAGCGACGACUAUCGCGAGGUGAAUUCCUGCCAAGACAUCGGUACUUAUUACAUCCCCGGUGGAGCCAGAGCCUUUGCCCCUGGCCGUGUCAACUACUUUUUCAAAUUCUGGGGUCCGGCUUCCAGCAUCGACGCAGCCUGCUCGUCCAGCUUGCAGGCAAUCCAAGCCGCGUGUACUUCGUUAUGGAGCUCGGACGUCGACAUGGCUAUUGCAGGUGGCCUGAAUAUUCUGACAAACUCCGACGUCUUUGCUGGAUUGAGCAGUGGGCAUUUCCUGUCGCCAACCGGCGGCUGCAAAACGUGGGAUGAGGGAGCUGAUGGAUAUUGUCGUGCAGACGGUGUAGGUAGCGUGAUUCUCAAACGCCUUGAGGACGCAGAGGCUGAUAAUGAUAACAUUCUCGGAGUCGUUUUAUCUGCCGCGACUGACCAUUCGGCCGAAGCUGUGUCCCUUACGCAUCCGCACGCCGGAGCACAAGCACAUCUUUAUACACAGGUGGUGAGACGGGCGGGAAUUGAUCCUCUAGAUGUGGGUUACAUUGAAAUGCACGGUACAGGCACUCAAGCUGGUGAUACCACGGAAAUGAAGUCGGUUACGAGCGUCUUUGCCCGUGAAAACAACGACGGACAUGGGCGGCCUCAAGAUAAACCGCUCUAUAUCGGCUCUGUCAAGGCGUGCAUGGGACAUGGUGAGGCUGCUGCUGGUAUCAUGAGCUUUAUGAAGACCCUGCUGGUUCUCCAAAAGUGUUUGGUGCCUCCUCAUAUAGGUAUCAAGACACGAUUGAAUCCCUCUUUACCAGGGGAUCUGCAGGAGAGGAACGUUGUCAUUCCAUAUACACCGGCUCCGUGGGAAGCAACUCCGACACAGCGCAAGAGGCUAGCCAUGGUCAACAAUUUUGGUGCCUCCGGGUCAAAUACAUCCGUCAUACUGGAAGAAGCCACGCCACGGCCGAGGGUUGGCGAGGACACAAGGAAAACUCACGUCAUUCCUAUAUCAGCAAAGUCGGCUCAUUCUCUGCAAGAAAACUUGGCGAGGCUCGUAACAUAUCUCGGAGAACGAAAUGAUGUCUCUCUUUCUGACGUUGCGUACUCCUUAUCCGCCCGGAAGAUGCAUUACAAUUACCGAGUUUCCGUUCUGGCGACUUCACCAGCUGAAGCCAUCGAUCUGCUUCAACCGCAUAUCGCAAGUUCUCUUACCAAAAUGCCAAGUCCGAGAGGGCUACACUCAGUGGCCUUUGCCUUCACAGGCCAAGGACGAUUCUACACUGGAAUUGGAUCACAACUGUAUCGAGACUCCCCCAUCUUCCGUGGCUGUAUCGACCAUCUUGACAGUCUUGCGCAGCGGCAAAACUUUCCGUCAUUCUUACCCACUGUCACCGGAGCUUGCGAUCAUCAGCACGUCUCGCUGGUUUCUAUGCAUCUAGCUAUAGUGUGUGUGGAGAUUGCCCUGGCACGACUAUGGUCCGCGUUUGGUGUCCAUCCGAAAGUUGUAAUCGGCCACAGCCUGGGAGAAUACGCUGCCUUGGCUGUAGCAGGUGUCCUUUCAGAUACCGAUGCUAUAUUCCUCGUUGGAACUCGUGCCACACUUCUAAGCAGUGAACUGUUUACCUCCGGCACUCACGGCAUGCUAGCUGUGCGCACCUCUGUGGCAAAUAUUACAAAGGCAGCGGGCCGUAUUCCCUUUGAGAUAACUUGCGUCAACGGUCCUGCCGAAACAGUUGUUGGAGGCUCACUCGCUGAUUUGGAUACUCUCUCAGCGGCCCUGGCGGUGCAUGGAUACAAGACAGUUCUGCUGGAUGUCGCUCAUGCCUACCACACGAGCCAGAUGGACUCUCUGCUGGAUGAUUUUGUAAAAGAGUCUCGAGCAGUCCAGUGCAAGAAGCCCACUAUCCCCAUCAUAUCUCCCCGAUAUGCUAGACCCCUAAGCCCGGACGACCUCAUCGACGUUUCCUACCUUGCUGCUGCCACUAGGGAAACGGUAAACUUCGCCGGAGCUCUCACCGCAGCAUUCGAGUCUGGCAUCGUGUCUGAGUCCACCAUGUGGCUUGAGUUGGGCCACCAUCCUACCUGCUGCGGUUUCAUAAGCCGUACGCUGCCGUCAGCCCAGGCCAUAUACCCAAGCUUACACCAAGAUAUUGAAAACUGGUCAACACUGGCCAAAGCCCUGAGCGCCUUGUAUGCUGCCGGCUUAGACAUUGACUGGGACGAGUAUCACCGGCCGUUUGAGCCAGCGCUUCGGCUAGUUGACACGCCGACAUACGCUUGGAAUAACAGCAAUUAUUGGAUCCAGUAUCGCGGAGAUUGGAAUCUCGCCAAGGGACAAGUUGAAUCUGAAUCUAAAUCUGGAACUUCGUUGGGCGUAAAUGGCUUUCAGACAUCCAGUAUACACCGUAUUGUAUCAGAGCAAUAUGACGGUUCGAAAGCAAUAGUAUCCUCUGAAACCAGCAUUACGGAUUCAUCGCUUCAAGAUGUAGUAGAUGGUCACGCCAUGAACGGCUACGGCGUUGCAUCUUCUUUCCUACACGCAGAUAUGGCAUACACACUUGCAAAACGUAUAUCCGACAAAUGCUUCCCCAACUCCUCAGUGGGCAUCAACGUCACAGAUUUCGAAUACCACGACCCAGUAGUCAAACAGCUGGCCACCAACACCUCCCAGCCGAUCCUCACAACCGCAGAAGCCGACCUUGACCUCAAACAAGUCCACAUCAAGUGGUUCAACCCGGCAAAGCAACUAUGGUACUGCCACGCCAAGGCCUCCUACGAAGAUCCCUCAUCCUGGCUGUCAAAAUGGUCUCUCUCCGCGUCAUUGGUGUCCAGUCGUGUCCAAGUCCUCAAUGAUAUGGUCGCUUCCGGAAAGGCCAACAAGCUCACCACUUCCCUCGCCUACGGCCUCUUCGGCAAACUCGUCGACUACUCAGCCAUGUAUCGCGCAAUUGAGUCCGUCAUUCUGAACGGGGACGAAGCAGUUGCUGAAGUUGUGUUUCCCCCUGACACCAGCGGGACGUGGACUGUGCCGCCACACUUUAUAGACGGUGUUGUUUCUCUGUCAGGAUUCAUUCUCAAUGGCGGGACAAACUUUGACAACACGAACAACUUUUUCGUCACGCCCUCUUGGAAGUCUAUGCGUUUUGCAAGGCCAUUGGCGCCCGGGGGCCGAUACAUCGCUUAUGUGAGAAUGGUUCGUGUGGGCAGCCACUCGUUUGCUGGCGAUGUGUACAUUCUGCAAGAGGGGGAAAUCGUCGGUGUAGUAGAGGCCAUUCUGUUCAGACAAUGGCCAAGGUCAAUGCUCAACCGUUUCUUUACCCCUUGGGACUUGCAAACCAAGAUAGCGGCAUCGUCUCCAAGUAGCGAGCAUUCGGCCCCUCCCGCUGAUGUUUUUACGCCUCUUAGUCGGGCUAGGACACCAGACUCUACCCAUGUAGACGCGCAGCCGGUUCAGAAGAAGGUAUCAUCACCUCCACUGGAGAAUGAACCAGCGAAAAAUACGCUCAUCCCACGAGCAUUCGCCUUGAUUGCAGAGGAACUCUGCGUCGAGGUCAACCAGCUUCAAGAUGAGGCGCGGAUUGUAGAUCUGGGUCUUGACUCGCUCAUGUCGCUGGUUAUAUCGCAGAAAUUGCGAGAAAAUCUGGGCGUAGAGAUUAGGGAUGCGUUUUUCUUGGAAAUUUCUACUAUUGGGGAGCUGAAGAGCUUGCUGAAGUUGGGGGGCACACCUAGUAGAGGGUAG